AUGGGUUUCACUGACUUCGUCUCUGAUGCUGGCCUGACUCUGGCCAACAACUACCUGGCCACCCGCAGCUACAUCGUUGGUGACGCCCCCAGCCAGGCUGAUGUUGUGACCUUCAAGGCCUUCACCGCUGCCCCCGACGCUGAGAAGUACCCCCACGUUGCUCGCUGGUACAAGCACAUCGCCUCUUACGAGAGCGAGUUCACCACCCUCCCCGGUGACUCCUCCAAGGCCUUCACUGCCUACGGACCCGAGUCCACCGAGAUGCCCGUCAACCCCAAGGACAAGCCCGAGGAGGAUGAUGAGGAGGACCUCUUCGGUUCCGACUCUGAGGAGGAGGAUGCCGCCGUUGUUGCUGAGCGCAACAAGCGUCUCGAGGAGUACAAGGCCAAGAAGGCUGCCAAGGGCCCCAAGCCCGCUGCCAAGUCCCUGGUGACCCUGGAGGUCAAGCCCUGGGAUGAUGAGACCGACCUCAAGCAGAUGGAGGAGAAUGUCCGUGCCAUCGAGAUGGACGGUCUCGUCUGGGGUGCCUCCAAGCUGGUCGCUGUCGGCUUCGGUAUCAAGAAGCUGCAGAUCAACCUGGUCGUCGAGGACGAGAAGGUCUCCACCGAUGCUCUCCAGGCCCAGAUUGAGGAGGAUGAGGACCACGUCCAGUCCACUGACAUCGCUGCCAUGCAGAAGCUGUAA